AUGGACGCGUUCAUGCACGAGUUCUCCAUCCCCAAGCAUCAAAUCCGUGAAACGUGGUGCCCGAAUCGGUUUGUGCUGCUGGUGCACAAGUCCUGGCUGCGCGGGCUCACGCAGGGUCGCGUACCGAAAGAGUUUCCCACCUACGGGCUGGCGGAUGCCCUCGAGUGGCCGCCCGAAAACGAAACGGGACCAUGGAGCAGAGUGUAUGCCGCGAUUUAUCAGAAGCAAACAACGAAAGUCAUUCCACUGCCACGGAACAAGCAUUUGACGGGUGGCUCGAGCAGCGAUUCUGUUCCAACGCACGGCACAGACGGUGCCGACGAUCCGCUGCACUACUCGCAGCUUCUACAGUACGUGUCAUCGACGAAUCAUAAAAAUGCGUGGAAAGCUGCCUACCGCAAGUACGGUGCUUCACGACCCGAUACCGUCUCCUUCGCCCCACACGUUAACUCGGUCAGCAGCGCGUUCAGUGAGCCUCAUCAUCAUCAGCAUCAUCACUCGGUCAGUACAAAGAAGAGCCCUCCGAUGGGUGGAGCGGAACCAACGGGCGGAACUGUGCACAUAUCAGCCACUGCUGGGAUCCUCUCGUACGACAGCGUCUUUCGGGAGGUGCUUCAUCGCAUCUUCGGCUGCCCGGUGCUUCAGCAGCACCCGGGUGCCGUCUCCAAAGAAUGUCCCGAUCCCGGAACAAUCGGUUCGAAUCCGGUGCCAACGGGCGAGCACACUCCGCCGGUCAAUCUAUUCCCCGCUCUGGCCACCCUCGAGACGGGCAGUGCGUUUUACGUCAUCUACGAUCGCUAUCUGCCCAACUCGCUGCUCGACUGCGUCACCUACAGCCCGGCGAUCGUCGAGCGAUCGUACAACAAACCACUGUUCAUCGUCUAUCAGCUGCUGCAGAUGAUGCGCAGCGUGCACGAUCGGGGCCUAAAUGUGGGCGACAUCACGCUGAAGGACAUCUACCUCACGGAGAACCUGUGGAUCCGCGUAAUGCCCCGACUGGAAACGAACCUACACGAGUACGACGAGGAGCUGCUGCGAUCGCUAGGGACGGGUGCCAGCGGUGCCACCGAUCAGCGGUCAAUCGCAGCCCGGGUACCUUUCGUGCGGCCCGCGAACCCGGCCAUGGGUCUGGAGCUGCACUACUCGCUGCGAGAGUACUGCGAAAUGUGGUGUCACGGGCAGUUGUCAAACUUUGACUAUCUGACGAUCCUGAACAGUCUCACCGGGCGUCGGUUGGGUUGCGCCGAGUAUCACCAUAUCAUGCCGUGGGUGACCGAUUUUUCGUCCCGCUCCGGGCACGGGUGGCGUGAUUUGAAGCGCUCCAAGUUUCGGCUCAACAAAGGCGACGCCCAGCUCGAUCUAACGUUUCAGGCCAGUGCCGGUGGCGGAGGUGCUCUGGGGAUGGCGGGCACCGUUCCGCAUCACGUAUCGGACGUUCUGUCCGAGAUCACCUACUACGUAUACCUGGCGCGUCGCACUCCGAAGGCCAUCCUUUGUAAGCACGUGCGCCCGAUCUGGGUUCCGGCCGAGUACCCGGCCACCAUCCAGCGGCUGUACGAGUGGACGCCGGACGAGUGCAUCCCGGAGUUUUUCUCCGACCCGUCCGUGUUCAAGAGCACGCACGAAGAUCUGCCCGACCUGGAGAUACCGGGCUGGUCCAGCUGUCCGGAAGAUUUUGUCGUCAAGCACCGGGAACUGCUCGAAAGCCAGUGUGUGUCCGAACGGCUACAUCACUGGAUCGAUCUGACGUUUGGGUACAAACUCACUGGCGCAGCAGCGAUCCGCUCGAAGAACGUUUGUCUAUCGCUCGUCGAUAAGCACCAGCAUCUGUGCAACCGGGGUGUGGUGCAGCUGUUUGCGUUCCCGCACCCCCCACGCCAGUUCGGGUCCGCCUGGAGUGGCAAAACACCUCCCCGCUUGCACCCGCAGCCCGAUGCGAACCGUCGGCUAACGCGCAGCACGGAAGAUCUCACGCGUUCCGCUCCUGGAACUGCUCCGCUGGACUUUCGGCCCGGUGAUGGUGACAGCGGCGGCGGCUGCGGCGAUGGUCCACCGUCGCCCGGGUACCGCAGUUCCACCCAGAACUUGCCCCAGUACCAUGCCCUCAAGUCGGAAUCGAGCUACCACAUCAACGUGCAGCCAAAAGUGACGGCCACGAUCACCCUUCCGAGGGGCUACAAUCCGACGGCGCAGUUGGCAACGGUCGAAAGCUUGGGUGCGUUCCGUUUGAAGGUGUUCCAUGCGUCCGGAGAAGCAUCUGGCCCGGUGCAACGGUGCCCGGAUGAGUACGAUCUGUGGUGCUCACGGCUAGACGCCCGGCCGCCGGCCACGAUCGGUGGCAAUGCGUUCGUAAACCGGAUCUUCAGCGAAGCGUACGAACGCUCAGCGACCGGUCGCCCGGAUGAGAUUGGCCACCCGACUCCGUCGGACACGCUAACGGCGCAAGCUCAGCGCCACAGCCUCAAGCAGGUGUUGCUUCACCAACGCACCAAAGAUCUACAGGUGAUCGGAUGCCUCGUGGUAGAAAUCUUUCUUGCGCCACGUCUUCUACCACUCGGCAGCUGUUUGCGGCAGGACUUUGAAGAGCGUCUCGGUGCCUGCAAGCGGCUCAUCAACGACGAUCCGAAAGCCCUUCCGCCCGCCCUGCUGCCGAUCGUACGCCAGCUGCUGGGAAUCGAACCGAGCGCGCCCGUCACCGAUCCUCGCGGGCUUCCGCCAGCCACUCCGCACCAACUUCUGCAGCCCCUGCUCGCCAGUGCCCUCAUUCCGUUCCCGUCGGCCUACGGACGGUUGCACCGGGCGAUCCGUGUCCUCGGUGCGUUCGAUGAGUGCGUUCAGUUGCUCGAACUGCAAACGUUCUUCGAAUGCGAUGGCAAAAACUGUUCCCGCUACGCACCGCUCGAUCGAACCCGCACCGAGUACCGGCGGCUGAUCGCCGAGUGUAAGGUGAACGCGUGUGUGGCCCUGGUCGAGCCAACGUUGCUGGUACCGGCCGGGGGCGAUCAGUUUUCGGUGGUCGAUCUGCUGCUCCCGCACAUCGUUGAACUGUUCCGCCAGGACGACACAUCGAUUCCGGCUGCCUGGAACCUGUUCGACGCGCUCGCCAUGGCACUGGGUGUGCGCCGGACUCAGGAGGCACUGCUGCAACCGAUCCUUGCGCUGUACGAUUCCGAUGAUGCCGAUGCUUUCGCCGGACCCGGAGCAAGCAGACCGGUGGCGGCGGGAAAACCACUCCCCGAUGGGGCCAGCGAAAUGGCCCCGAUGGCCGGGUUGGCACUGGGCGGCGGCGGCGGCAGCUCGUCCCUCAAGUUCACUCCUCGCUACACGUCGUUCAAAUUGAAAAAGUCGGUCAAACUGUACCAUCACAGCUUUCUGCUGAAACUGAUCGUACGGUUCGGGUUGCGCUGCUUUCUCGAUCACUUCGUUGUGCCGCUGGUCGAAGCCGUCGGUGGGUACCGGGACGGAGACUUUCAACCCUCGUACCACGUCCACGAACCCAGCCUGUGGUCGGCCGAGUUCCGAAAAUCACGCUCCUACCGCAGCUUUAAGCUAAACGCGACCACGGCCGAUGGCAACUCGGAACAUUCGACCACCGCCGGUGGAAGGGGGGAAGAUUCCGGCGAGGCCGACCCACGAUCCGUUCCGUCGAACACGCUCGUGUCACCCAACUGUUCCGACAAAACGAUCUCCCCGACCGUGGCCGAUCGGAGGGGAAGCUUCCCGAUGGAUGAUGAGGUGCUGGCUGGGGAGCACCACGGGGCGGCCACAAAGUCGGCCACCGUUGAGAGCGAGGAAAUGUUUAGCUUCGACGAGGACACACCCUCCUCGAAGCGGCGUAGCAUGCUGGAGGACGACGAAGUUCCCGUCGAGCAGGCGAUGCGACGGAUUAUUGACGAUGACGCGGAUCUGGGCACGAGCUUCGAGCUGAAGCUGAACGUUUCGCACGCCGACGAAGCCCACGAAGAGGAUCCAUCGGGUGAGGAGGAGAGCGCGGCCAAGCAGGAACUGAAAUCGCCCACCAUUCCGAUCCCCUCGUCGUUCCGGCGGAGCAUCGAGUUCAACUCGAUCGGCUGUGAGAUCGGUAGCAAGAAGAGUGUCGACUCCGGGGACUUCCUCUCGAAGACUCCGUCCGACGUGGCGGCCGGUGGUGUGCCAAAGGAGAGCGGCACGGCACCGGCGAGCCGCUCGGUGAACGCAUCCGAAUUGAACCGUUCGCGAUCGACCGACUCCAACAAGACGCGCUCCAACCGUAUCUCGGAGAUGAGCUCCGAGAGUAUCAUCUGGCUGUCGCACCGUCUGGGGCCCGUUCUGACCGCUCGCUACCUCUCGCGCAACCUGCUGAAGAUGCUGACGCUUUGCUACAUCGGGGCGGAGAACUUGUUUCCCGGCGAAUCGGGUGCCGGUGAUCGAAACCGAUCGUCCCCCCUGAUGGGUGGUGGCCCCGGAGGAGGUUUGAAUCACUUCUCGAUCACCGACGGUGGUGUCGUCGGUGAUGAAGCGGCUCUGCGGGUUAUCGAUUGUUUGACCUCCAUCUCGGCGCUGUUCGGUGAGCAUUUUAUCCUGGCGCAGUACCUACCGCACGCCGGCGAAGUGAUCGCACUGUGCCGGAAGAAGAUCACGGCCACGCUCGAGGGAGGGCUGAUCAGUACGCUGCAGCUGGUCAAGUGUCUCGUACCGUAUCUGCACGAUGCGACCGUGAUGGAGCAGCUGGCGGAAGUGUUCCUCCGGCAGAUACUGCAUCCGGCCGUACGGCUACUGGAGUCGACCAAGUACACCAUGCCGAACGGGUUCCUGGCCCGCUCGGUACUGGCGCGCAAGCUGAUCGACGCACUGUACGUCAUUUCGGUGCGUAUCGGGCGCGAGAUGACGCGCGAGCAUAUCUGUGUUCCGGCUUUGCAGCGAUUUUUCCUGAUCUUCGACAAAGCAUACGCGCGGCAGCAGCAGCACCUUCAGCAAGGGCCGUCCGUUCAGGAAGCGGCAGUACCUGACCACCCGUUUGGGAGCUUCACACCGCCCAGUGUGCUGCAGGCCAAUGCGGACCUUCUGGUACCGAUCGCUUCGGUGGAUGUGGGGCGCGCGAAAGCGAUGGAAGAGAUCCGGGACGUGUUUACGCCCAAUCUGGCGUACUACAGCUUCGUGCCGUUUCUGAACUACCUCGGCCAGCAGGAGAUGGCCCGCUGCAUCCGCAACUUGCCGCUCAUCCUCAAUCUCUGCCACGAGCACGAACAGAUGGACUAUGGUCGGUCGGCGACGACGGCCACCAACCAACCGGCGGACGACUCCGAGCAGGAUGACGAACACCAUCAACUGGACAGUUUGGAUUGCUCCAACAGCUUCGGGUCGAACAUUAUCGGAAACCGUAUCGAAUCGGGACGUGGCCACGCGGCAGUGCCUGCGACGACGACGAAACUGGAGCACAAAGAUCUGCUAGGGCUGGUGACGUACAAGCUGGACAAUGUAAACAGUUCGCGGAACCUGCGCGGCAACUGGCUGGCGUACUGGGAGCACGAGAUUGGGCGCUCGGAAAAGGACACACACCUGAACCUGAAGCAGAUCAAGCUGCAAACGUAUACGGGGCACUCGAGCUCCAUCAAGGCGGUGCUGGCGCUGGACAAUGAGAACAGUUUCAUCUCCGCGUCGAAGGACAAAACGGUCAAGCUGUGGUCGCUGCGCAGCGAGGGAGAUGGAUCGAAGGUGUCGUCGUGUCAGUUCACGUACGCCAACCACCGGAAGUCGGUACACUCGUUGGCGUUCCUCGAGGCAUUGCGACUGACGAUCUCCUGCGAUUCCGGAGUGCACCUGUGGGAUCCGUUUGUCGGUUCGCAAAUCGGUCAGCUGGACGUACCGCGCCACACUCCGGUCUCGGUGGUGAAAACGUUUCCCUCGCCCAACUGUCUGGUGCUGGCGGGGACGGCCGACAGUUCGGUGAAGCUGAUCGAUGCCCGCACCUUCAGCUACUGCCACGAGUGGAAGGUGGCGUUGUGCCCGCUCGGAACCGUGCGCACCAUAGCGGUGGCUCCCGGGUCGCACUGGGUUGCCGUUGGCCUGAACUCGGGCCACGUCGGUGUGCUGGACGCCCGGACCGGCGGUGUCAUCUCGUCGUGGCGUGCCAACGAUAACGAUCUGUUGCAGCUUCUCGCACCGAACGAUGCGCAGCUCGUGAGCUCCAGCUUGGACCAGAUGAUUAGCGUGUGGAAUCCGAGUACGGGCCAUCUGCAGUAUCAUAUGAGAAAUCGCCCCGAACCAGUACACUGCAUGGUGAACAGCGGCUCGGAACUGAUCGUCGGCACGCCAACGAACCGCAUCGGAGUGUACGCCUCGAUCACGCCGGACACCCCGUACUCCUACACGAAGCUGCGCUCGGAAACGUUCCGUGGAGUGCUGACAAGCUUUGCGCUGCUACCCCUCAACCGGAUGAUGCUCGUUGGCGGUGACAACGGAACCGUCACCCUACUGUGUUAAUGACAAAAUUGCCACGGUCCGCAUAUCCCGGGUAUCAACCCUCGCGUGGUCGCCCCAUCAACGCAACAUUCCUCUGUACACUGCUCGGAAGGAUUGCGAUUCCACCAGAAGUGCAAUCGAGAAUCGGCAAUUAUCGAAUUACUUUAGGCGUUAGAAUGUGUAACGGAAAUAGCUUGUUUUUUGGUAGUGAUAUUAACGAUAUUAUACAACGUUUGUGUUCCCCGGUGUGCGA